UAGAUGACGUACUUCAAAGACGUACUUUGACUCAUAAUCAGUCAACCAGCUUCAAACACAGUUUCCGAGAAUACAGAUAUAAUAAUUUGGGUAUAUUACGCUCUGCAGCUUUCCAUCGAGCCAGAUUUGAAGUAUUAAUCGAGGUGUGAAGUGAUAGUUCCUGCAACAACUAUCGUGGAAAUUACAUUCACUUAAAGAGGUUUCAGUUAGACGGUAAAGCAAACAGAUAGAGAUGUCGUUCCAAUCACCAAUGCCAAGCCGAGAGUUCCUUUGGGAUGUGUUCAGAAGAGUGGACAAGGACCGCAGCGGCUAUAUAUCAGCUGAUGAGUUACAACAAGCUCUGUCCAAUGGAACAUGGAAUCCAUUCAACCCUGAAACUGUCCGUCUUAUGAUUGGUAUGUUUGACAAACAGAAUAGAGGUGUGAUCAACUUUGAAGAUUUUGGCGCACUCUGGAAAUAUGUCACUGACUGGCAGAACUGCUUCCGAUCCUUCGACAGAGAUAAUUCAGGAAACAUUGAUAAGAUGGAGUUAAAGAAUGCACUCACAGCAUUUGGGUACAGAUUGUCAGAUGAAGUUGUAAACAUUAUGGUACAGAAGUUCGAUAGAUUUGGCCGCGGGACCAUCUUGUUUGAUGAUUUCAUCCAGUGCUGUGUCACUUUAUAUACUCUUACGUCAGCGUUCCGCCAAUUCGACACAGACCAAGAUGGAGUAAUAACCAUUCACUACGAACAAUUCCUUAAGAUGGUCUUUGGAUUAAAGUGUUUGCCGUAAACAUCGCAGUUGACAAGGCUCCGGAAAACGGUUUCGUACAGCCCACUCAUACCCACCAAUUAAAUAAAACUAUCAAAGGUAAUUACCAUACUCGGGUAACAAAAACGUUUAAAACCAAAUUGUCUCAAAUACACUUCAUUUUUUCAGUAGCAUAUGCAUAAUUCCUUUUAGCCCGUAGCUAAAAAUAGUUGCUUUAAUCUUCGCUAUGCAUACCUUUUUGGACUUGACGAAUUUUCAAUGCUCAAAAAGAACAUUUUCGAAUAUUAUCUGAUUUUAAAAAUUUUGCCAAAACUUUAUACUGAUAGGAACAAAGUGAUCUAAAUUAGAAGAUCUUAUUUGGUUUAUAUUAUUUAGAUUUGAAACUAAAGCUCAAAAUCUAUUUGUGCCUGUCAUUUCCAUUUUGUGUAACCUUUCUAACUUAAGACCACAGUUUUAAAAUAUUUUAUAAGGUAAAGUGUAUGUGCGUAUGUUGUUGUACUUAUUGUAUGUGUGUAAUAUUGUAUUCAUAUAUAAUUAUAUUUCUAUUCAAUGAUCAAUCAUGUAUGUUUAUUGUAAAUAGAAAAUGUGCAGUGUUAUUUUCAAUAAGUUACUAGAACUGCGGACUUGUGGGAAAAUCUAUAAUUAUCAUGUCUAUUUGAUAGAUGUUUAUAUAGUUAAAUCUAAAGGGUUUUUAAGUCUGAUGUACACAUGACUACCUGUUGUUUGCAUUUAGAUAACAUUUAUGUGUUAGUCUUACUAACAACAAAGCUUGGCGUACUAAUUAAAAACACCACUGUAAUAAUCUCACCUAUAAAGUAUAAACUUAAAUAAGUACAUAAGAUUAUUUCUACUCCAAUUCCAUCUGCAAGAUAAAUGUUGAUCAGUGUAACUGUAAGAAUAUUUGAGUGCAGAUGUAAAAAAUAUUAAAAAAAUAUAUAUUUUUUAUUUUACGAAUGACAUUGCAUUUCCUAUUUAUAGUUUAAAACUGUAUUUAUAGCUGUAUAACUUUUUAAAGUGUAUUGUUAUUAUUUUGUUACUUCGGUCCAGCUUAUAAAGUAUGAUUAUGUGCAUUGUUGUGUAUGUUCUCUGUUCUGGGUAAAAGACUACAAAUAAAAGUUUAUGAAUAAG